AUGUCUUCUACAAUUGAAAGCUCUAACUACGCCAUGGAUGGAACAGGUGUCAUCCAGCUUGAUCCUUGGUUGGAACCCCAUCGCGAUGUCCUGAAGCACAGAUUCCAGGUGGUCGAGACAUGGGCCAAAACUAUCAAUGAGACUGAGGGUGGUCUGGAUAAGUUCAGCAAGGGCUACGAAACAUUCGGCCUGCAUGCGCAACCUAAUGGCGAGAUCACAUACAAGGAAUGGGCACCCAAUGCCAAAGAAGCCUCUCUGGUCGGAGAUUUCAACAACUGGGACACCAAUGCCAAUCCCAUGACCAGGAACAGCUUCGGUAUCUGGAACGUAACAGUACCGCCGAAAGACGGUACGCACGCGAUUCCCCAUGAUAGCAAGAUUAAGAUCACUAUGGUCCUCCCCAGCGGAGAGCGCAUCUACCGACUCCCCGCUUGGAUCAAGCGUGUUGUCCAAGACCUAAAUGUAUCACCUGCAUAUGACGCGCAAUACAAGUUCCAACACUCACGGCCCAAGAAGCCUGAAAGCUUGCGAAUCUAUGAAGCACACGUCGGUAUCUCGUCCCCAGAGACCAGAGUCGCGACCUACAAGGAGUUCACCAAGAACAUGCUUCCCCGCAUUAAGUACCUGGGAUACAAUGCCAUCCAGCUGAUGGCCAUUAUGGAGCAUGCCUACUACGCCAGUUUCGGCUACCAGGUCAACAACUUCUUCGCGGCGAGCAGUCGCUACGGAAGCCCAGAGGAUCUUAAGGAGCUCGUUGAUACUGCUCACAGCAUGGGACUGAUUGUUCUUCUUGAUGUUGUUCACAGUCAUGCGUCCAAGAACGUCAUCGACGGAAUCAACGAGUUUGAUGGCACGGAUCACCUAUACUUCCAUGGCGGAGCCAAGGGCCGCCACGAGCUAUGGGACAGCCGUCUGUUCAACUACGGCAACCACGAGGUCCUGCGUUUCCUGUUGAGUAACCUUCGCUUCUGGAUGGAGGAGUACGGGUUCGAUGGAUACCGUUUCGAUGGUGUGACCAGCAUGCUCUACACGCACCACGGCAUUGGAACAGGCUUCUCUGGUGGCUACCAUGAGUACUUUGGCCCAGCCGUCGAUGAAGAGGGCGUCACAUACCUGACUCUCGCCAACGAGAUGCUACACGAACUCUACCCCGAUUGCAUCACAGUGGCCGAGGAUGUCUCCGGCAUGCCAGCCCUGUGUCUCCCCCACAAGCUCGGCGGCGUCGGAUUCGACUACCGCCUCGCCAUGGCCAUCCCAGACAUGUACAUCAAGCUCCUAAAGGAGUCCACAGACGACGAAUGGGACAUUGGCAACCUCUCUUUCACCCUGACCAACCGCCGCCACGGCGAGAAAACCAUCGCUUACGCCGAGAGCCAUGAUCAAGCACUCGUCGGCGACAAAUCCCUAAUGAUGUGGCUCUGCGACAAAGAAAUGUACACACACAUGUCCACCCUAACAGAAUUCACCCCGGUAAUCGAACGCGGCAUGGCCCUCCACAAGAUGAUCCGCCUAAUAACCCACGCCCUCGGCGGCGAAGGCUACCUCAACUUCGAAGGCAACGAAUUCGGCCACCCCGAAUGGCUCGAUUUCCCACGCGAAGGAAACAACAACUCGUUCUGGUACGCGCGCCGCCAGCUCAAUCUCACCGAAGACAACCUGCUGCGCUACAAGUUCCUCAACGAGUUCGACCGCGGCAUGCAGCUCACCGAGCAGAAAUACGGCUGGCUGGCGUCGCCGCAGGCCUACAUCAGUCUCAAGAACGAGGCCGAUAAGGUCCUGGUCUUUGAGCGGGCGGGCUUGCUCUGGAUCUUCAAUUUCAAUCCCACGCAGAGCUUUACCGAUUAUCGCGUUGGCGUGGAUGUUGCUGGUACUUAUCGCAUUGUGCUGGACUCGGAUGAUGUGGCCUUUGGUGGGCUGGGGCGUAAUGUUAAGGAGACGCGUUUCUUUACUACCGAUAUGUCUUGGAAUGGCAGGGCCAAUUUCGUGCAGGUUUAUAUUCCUACGAGGACUGCUCUGGUCCUCGCUCUGGAAAGCACUCUGUAA